AUGAGAGGGACAGGCACAGUCUUACUCCUAGUUGGGGUCUAUGUUGAUGACCUCAUCAUCUGUGGGCCAGACAGUAAGAGCAUUGCUGAAUUUAAGCAACAGAUGAAAAGAAGUUUUGACAUGAGUGAUCUUGGCUUGUUGACUUACUACCUGGGACUGGAGGUGAAGCAAAAACCAGGUGAGAUCACUGUGUGUCAGAGUGCUUAUGCAGAAAAAAUUAUUGAGAUCUCAGGGAUGAAGGGAUGUAACCCUGUUGACACACCAAUGGAGCAACACUUGAAGUUGUUGCCUGGCAAGCCAGAGUUGGUCUCCAAUGCAACUAAGUUCAGAAGUCUUGUUGGUAGCCUGAGGUAUUUGGUGAAUACUAGGCCUGAUCUAUCCUUCUCUGUAGGAAUGGUUAGCAGGUUUAUGGAGUGUCCAAACUCAGAGCACUGGCGAGCUAUAAAGAGGAUUGUGAGAUAUGUUGCAGGAACCUCAAAGCUUGGCUGCAAAUUUGUCAAAGGGCCACAUUCAGAUUUGACUGGUUUCACUGACAGUGAUCAUGCUGGGGAUUUAGAGAAGAGAAAGAGCACCACAGGUGUUUUAUUCUUCUUGGGUUCAAAUGCAAUAACUUGGAGUUCACAAAAACAAAAGGUGGUUUCAUUGUCAUCUUGUGAAUCUGAGUACAUAGCAGCAGCUACUGGUGCCUGUCAGGGUGUUUGGCUCAGCAGACUGUUGGCAGAACUGUGCAGUCAAGAAGUAAAGAAAUUCAGAUUGUUCAUUGAUAACAGGUCAGCAGAGGAGUUGAGCAAGAAUCCAGUGUUCUAUGAGAGAUCCAAACACAUAGACACACGCUAUCACUACAUCAGGGAAUGUGUAGCAGAUGGGGUGGUCGAGGUGAAGCACAUCAGCACUGAUGAUCAGCUAGCAGAUAUUCUAACAAAGCCACUUGCAAGAAUUCAGUUUGCUGAAAUGAGGAGGCAGCUGGGGAUCGUCAAAGUUUGA